UAGGAUCUUCAUUUAUAAACGAUAUGAAGAUAAUUACAAUAAAUGAUGAUAGCGAUAAAGAAUGUAAUCUUGAAUCCAACAAUUCAAAUAAAGCCAAUCUUGAAUCUAACAAUUUAAAUAAAAACGAUCUCAAUUCAAAUGAAGAUUGA